CCUGCGCUCAGAGAUUCACGCAGCCCCAGUCCCGCCAGUUCGCCAACACUGUAGUGCCGGCCCCCCUUCCUUUCCUGGCCCUUCCCCCUCCCCGGCUUCGGCUCGCUCCGCCUUUCUGCCCCCCACCCCCACCUCACGGGCACGGGCCAUUCCCGGCCAGGAAACGCCGUGGCGCCGCGUUGGGCCUAACUCGAGUCCUGCUGCCUCCCGGGAGUGCCGUGCGCCGCAGCCCGGGCCCAGGCCUGGGACAAGGUCUUCAGAACUACUGGCAGAUAAUUUUGGGGGACUUCAUAUUCAGAGGUCUAUAAAAAGGAUUCCUCAUGUCCAUAACAUGUUGGUUGAGGCUCUGCAGCUCACCCCCACUCUCAGAGUGGCCAGUCUCUGAUAAUUGGACCCCGUGAUUUCCACUCUCUGCUGUGUUGGACGUCAUGAGCAUUGCAAUCCCUCUGGGAGUCACCACACCAGAUACAUCCUACUCAGAUAUGGCUGCUGGAUCAGAAAAGGAAGUGGAAGCCCCCUACCUUUCAAGACGAAGUGGCACUACACCAGGAUGUGAAAGUCCAGCGAAAGAGACCCAAGGGGCCUAGGGGGCAGCACACCCCCAGAAGCCAAGUCUAUUCCAGGCAGUACCAGGGAUUAGGGUCUGGGCUGGAAAAAUCCUGGUGUUUUGAAUAUGUUCAGGUCCAGUUCAGACUCUUGAUCCCACAGCCACUUCUUGAGUGAGGGUAUCCUGUCUUGGUAGUGAAUGGAAGAGGGCCUGGUCCCUGGGGCAGUGCAGAAGGCACUUUCAUCAUCUCACUCACUGCAAAUGUCAUGUGAGGUUUCAUGGAAGUAUUAAGAGAUCCAAUUAAGAAGAAUAGUUCUGAGUCUAAACCAGCCCAGAGUGGCUUCUCUAGGGGAAACUCCCUGCUCAGCUGCCCUGAAUCUGUGGAGGCUAGUCCAGCAGUUAAUGAGAAGAGCGUGUAUUCCACUCAUAAUUAUGGGACCACUCAGAGACAUGGGUGUCGAGGACUGCCUUAUGCUGAUCAUAAUUACGGAGCCCCUCCUCCUCCGACACCUCCUGCUUCUCCCCCUGUCCAGACGAUCAUCCCCCGUUCUGACCUGAAUGGCCUGCCGUCGCCCGUAGAGGAACGCUGUGGAGACAGCCCGAACUCUGAAGGAGAGACUGUUCCUACCUGGUGUCCUUGUGGUCUUUCUCAGGAUGGCUUCCUUCUCAACUGUGACAAGUGCAGGGGAAUGAGCAGGGGGAAGGUUAUUAGACUUCAUCGGCGGAAGCAGGACAACAUAUCAGGUGGGGAUAGCAGUGCAACAGAAAGCUGGGAUGAGGAGCUUUCUCCUUCCACUGUGUUGUACACAGCAACACAGCACACACCUACAAGCAUCACCUUAACUGUUAGAAGAACCAAACCCAAGAAGCGGAAAAAGAGUCCAGAAAAGGGUCGUGCAGCACCAAAGACGAAGAAAAUCAAGGCAUUUCGAGAGGGAUCCCGGAAGUCCUUGCGGAUGAAGAAUUCUCCUUCUGAAGCACAGAAUUUAGAUGAGAAUACAACUGAGGGAUGGGAAAAUCGGAUAAGACUAUGGACUGAUCAAUAUGAAGAAGCCUUCACUAAUCAGUACAGUGCAGAUGUACAGAACGCCCUUGAACAACAUCUACAUUCUAGCAAGGAAUUUGUGGGCAAACCUGCUAUUUUAGACACUAUUAAUAAGACUGAAUUGGCCUGUAAUAAUACAGUUAUUGGUUCCCAAAUGCAGCUACAGUUGGGAAGAGUCACUCGUGUUCAGAAGCACCGGAAGAUCCUGAGGGCUGCAAGAGAUUUGGCUUUGGACACUCUUAUAAUAGAGUAUCGAGGCAAAGUCAUGUUACGGCAGCAAUUUGAGGUCAAUGGACAUUUCUUCAAAAAACCAUACCCCUUUGUGCUCUUCUACUCAAAAUUCAAUGGUGUAGAGAUGUGUGUGGAUGCACGUACUUUCGGUAAUGAUGCUCGGUUCAUCAGAAGAUCAUGUACACCAAAUGCAGAGGUGCGACACAUGAUUGCAGAUGGGAUGAUUCACCUCUGUAUCUAUGCUGUGUCUGCCAUCACCAAGGAUGCUGAGGUCACCAUAGCAUUUGACUAUGAGUACAGUAACUGCAGUAAUUAUAAAGUGGACUGUGCAUGUCACAAGGGGAACCGGAAUUGCCCUAUACAGAAAAGGAAUCCCAGUGCUGCAGAACCGCCACUUCCACCUCCUCCAAGCCUGCCCACCAUCGGAGCAGAGACAAGACGUAGAAAAGCACGACGGAAAGAGCUAGAGAUGGAGCAGCAAAAUGAGGCUCCAGAAGAGGAAAACAACCAGCAGCCAGAGCAAAUUCCUGAGAAAGUAAUUGUAUCCAGUGACCAUGAGGCAAUAGACAAUCCAGAAGAAAAAGCAGAAGAAGAGAAAGAAGAGAUUACAGAUGACCAGGAGAACCCAGCUCAUAGCAAGAGGACCCGGGAAGAUAGGAAGGUUGAAGCCAUCAUGCAUGCUUUUGAAAACUUAGAAAAAAGAAAGAAGCGGCGGGAUCAGCCCUUGGAACAGAGCAACUCUGACAUAGAGAUUACUACCACCACCUCAGAGACUCCUGUGGGAGAGGAGACAAAAACUGAAGCCCCUGAAUCUGAAGUUAGCAACCCUGCUUCAAACAUUGCCGUCCCAAGCAACCCACAGAGUGUUGGAGUAAACACCCGGAGGUCUUCCCAAGCAGGGGAUGUUGCUGCCGAAAAACCAGUCCCCAAACCACCUCCAGCAAAGCCUUCUAGGCCCCGACCGAAGAGUCGAAUUUCUCGGUACCGGACCAGUUCAGCCCAAAGACUAAAGCGUCAGAAGCAGGCCAUUGCACAGCAGGCAGAGUUAUCACAAGCUGCCUUGGAAGAGGGGGGAAAUAACAGCUCAGUAACUCCUACUGAAGCUGGAAGUGUAGACAGUUCAGGAGAAAACAGGCAAUUAACAGGGUCUGACCCAACUGUGGUGUCAGUUACUGGAUCCCAUGUCAACCGUGCUGCAUCUAAAUACCCCAAAACCAAAAAGUAUCUAGUUACAGAGUGGUUGAAUGACAAAGCAGAGAAGCAAGAGUGCCCUGUUGAGUGCCCUUUACGUAUCACCACGGACCCAACUGUACUGGCAACGACCCUGAACAUGUUACCCGGUCUUAUCCAUUCCCCGUUAAUUUGCACCACCCCCAAACACUACAUUCGCUUUGGCUCACCCUUUAUCCCUGAGAGGCGUCGAAGGCCGCUUCUGCCUGAUGGCAUGUUCAGCUCCUGUAAAAAGCGCUGGAUAAAGCAAGCCUUGGAAGAAGGGAUGACCCAGACAUCAUCUGUACCCCAAGAGACUAGAACUCAGCACCUAUACCAAAGUAAUGAGAAUAGUAAUUCUUCUAGUAUCUGCAAAGACAAUGCAGACUUGUUGAGCCCAUUAAAGAAAUGGAAAUCUCGCUAUCUGAUGGAGCAGAAUGUUACCAAGUUACUGCGGCCUCUUUCUCCAGUCACACCACCCCCUCCCAAUCCAGGCUCAAAGAGCCCCCAGCUGACCACACCUGGCCCAUCUCACCCAGAAGAGGAGUGUCGAAAUGGAUACAGCCUCAUGUUCUCACCAGUCACGUCUCUUACUACUGCUAGUCGCUGCAAUACUCCUCUGCAAUUUGAGAACAUAUCCUCCCCUGAGAGUUCCCCUGCGAAUAGGCCCGAGUCCCUGUCACCCGAGCUUUGUCACCGAAAAGACCUGGACUUGACAAAAGUAGGCUACCUUGACUCCAACACUAACAGCUGUGCUGACAGACCUUCCCUGAUAAGCUCGGGUCAUUCUGACCUGGCUCCUCAUCCCUCUGUCGGACCCACCUCUGAGACUGGCUUUACAAGCAGGAGUGGAGAUGGACAUCAGACCCUUGUGAGAAACUCGGACCAGACAUUUCGGACAGAGUUUAACUUGAUGUAUGCCUACUCCCCAUUGAACGCUAUGCCUCGAGCAGAUGGAUUGUAUCGAGGGUCUCCCCUAGUAGGGGAUAGGAAGCCUUUACAUUUGGAUGGGGGCUAUUGUUCCCCUGCAGAAGGGUUUCCCAGCAGAUAUGAGCAUGGUUUUAUGAAAGACCUCUCUCGUGGAUCCAUGUCACCUGGUGGCGAAAGGGCUUGUGAGGGAGUCCCAUCUGCCCCACAGAACCCACCACAGAGGAAAAAGGUAUCCCUGCUGGAGUACCGCAAACGGAAACAGGAAGCCAAGGAAAAUUCUGCUGGUGGGGGAGGUGACUCUACACAGAGCAAAAGCAAGUCUGCAGGAGCUGGGCAAGGCAGCAGUAACUCACUUUCUGACACUGGUGCCCAUGGUGUGCAGGGAUCCUCAGCCCGAACCCCAUCUUCCCCUCACAAAAAGUUCUCCCCAUCUCAUUCCUCUAUGUCUCAUUUGGAGGCCGUAAGCCCAUCGGAUUCCAGAGGCACUUCAUCUCACUGCAGACCUCAAGAGAGUAUCAGCAGUAGGUGGAUGGUUCCCACAUCAGUAGAACGACUCCGAGAAGGAGGGAGCAUCCCCAAGGUCCUCCGAAGCAGUGUGAGGGUGGCCCAAAAAGGAGAGCCUUCUCCCACGUGGGAGAGUAACAUCACAGAAAAAGACUCAGACCCUGCAGAUGGUGAAGGCCCAGAGACACUGAGCUCAGCACUCUCUAAAGGAGCAGCCGUUUACAGCCCUUCCAGAUACAGCUACCAGCUCCUGCAGUGUGAUAGUCCACGGACAGAAUCACAAAGCCUCCUUCAACAGAGUUCCUCCCCCUUUAGAGGACAUCCCACCCAGUCUCCAGGAUACAGUUAUCGAACUACUGCACUGAGACCUGGGAACCCCCCUUCUCAUGGUUCUUCAGAAUCCUCCCUCUCUUCCACGUCCUAUUCCAGCCCUGCCCACCCUGUGUCCACAGACUCGUUGGCCCCAUUUACGGGGACACCAGGGUAUUAUAGCAGCCAGCCACAUUCUGGAAACAGCACCGGCAGCAGUCUUCCAAGGAGGAGCUGCCCUUCUAGUGCUGCUAGCCCUACCCCGCAGGGCCCCUCAGACUCGCCGACCUCAGACUCGGUUUCCCAGUCCAGCACAGGAACUCUGAGUUCCACCUCCUUUCCUCAGAACUCUAGGUCGUCAUUGCCAUCAGACUUCCGGACUAUCAGUCUGCCCAGUGCUGGGCAGUCAGCUGCCUACCAGGCCUCCAGGGUAUCUGCGGUUUCCAAUUCACAGCACUACCCACAUCGAGGGAGUGGGGGUGUGCACCAGUACCGGCUCCAGCCACUGCAGGGGUCAGGGGUCAAGACUCAGACAGGACUUUCCUAGGGCUUCUGGAUUUGGGCAAACAGAACUUGAAUGAGCCCAUAGCUGCUUCCUUCCAGCUGCCUCUGGAACCUAGGCCGAGCAUAUUGCUGGGGGAGGGGGUACAAGGUGCCAGAGGAUUGGGUCUGGUCAACAAGAAACAAGACUUGUGGUCGUGACUGGCUCUGGCCUUGGAGAAAGAUGUAAAUCUUGUCUGAAGCAGAGACUAUAAAGAAGUUUCUCCCUGCUGUUAAGGGUACAUUGUUGACAAGCAAAUGGUGUUUCGGUUAGUAAUGGUUCUAAGUGCAAUGAGUUGUGUUGAAGCCUCCGUCUCCCAUCCUUGCCUGUAUCCUGUAGUCACUUGUGCAGUGAGGACAUCUUUUUAAAUCAAAAAAAAAAAAAGUUUUCAAAGGAAAAAAUGGUGAGAAGAGCCAAUCUCAAAGCCCCAAGCCAUCUGAGUAGUGUUAGGGUUUUAUGCACUUAAGAAAAAAGGUAGGUAUAUAAGACAACCA